UUUCUAUCUUUAAAAUGGCAUCCAAGUCUCACAGCCUAGAUACCCGCGCCGAGCUCAAUGAACUUGUAAGAAGAAGAGCAGAAAUUGCGAUUGUUGAUCAUCAGUCAUCACCUACAAUGGAUUCAUUGGAUAAGAGCUUAAGUGAAGCUAAUCAGUCAUCACCUACAAUGGAUUCAUUGAAUAAGAGCUUAAGUGAAGCUAAUCAGUCAUCACCUACAAUGGAUUCAUUGAAUAAGAGCUUAAGUGCAGCUCAUCAGUCAUCACCUACAAUGGAUUCAUUGAAUAAGAGCACAAGGAAACAACAUGAUCCUGAAAUUAUUAGAGCUGCCUUAGAAGAGUUGAAAGCCAAAAAAAUGUCAGUAAGGCAGGCAUCUGCACAUUUCAAUAUACCAGCCACUACUCUUCAUGAUAAGCUAACUGGGAAGAACCCCAUUGUCUCUACAAAACGUCUGUUGAGCAAAGAUGAGGAAGAAAAACUGGUGCAAUGGCUUAUCUGUUUAGCUAAAGGUGGUUUUGCUAAAAGUAAUAAGGAAGUUUGUGAGAUGGCAGGGGCUAUCAUAGCGGCCAAAGAUUCUUCUUCAGAAAGCGAUGCACAUAUUCCAACCAAACAAUGGUUGUACUCCUUCUACAAAAGGCACCCAGAGGUGGCUUCAAAAGCUCCCAUGUCCCUUAGUAUGGAAAGAGACAUUAUCUCUGCCACCUAUGUGGAAGAAUGGUUUUUGAAUCUUCAACAACAUGUACAAAAAAUUGAUCCAAGCAUUUUCGCACACCCAAGCAGGAUCUUCAGAACUGAUGAACUUGGACUUGCAAUGAAUCCUAAAAGCAGGAAUAUUGUGGUUUCUAAGGACAGUAAGCAAGUCAACACUGUUACACCUAGUACCAAGGAACAGGUGACAGUGCUGGCAUGCACUAGUGCAGCAGGACAGUACACCCCUCCUUUAUUAGUAUACCCUUACAAAAGAGUUCCCCGAAAAAAUCUUCUUAAAGAAUUCCCUGAAGCUUUUCUUCUAGUCACUGAUAAUGGUCUGAUUGAUUCAGAAAUUUUUUUCUCAUGGAUAAAAGACAUCUUUGUCCCCUCUACCAGCCAUCUCCAAAAACCCAUCCUUCUCCUUGUUGACAGCCAUACCAGCUGCACCUUCCCUUUACAAACCUUUGAUUUUUGUAAAGAAAAUAACAUUAUAAUGUACUGCAUCCUGCCACAAGUCAGUCAUCUUAUGCAAUCGCUUGACCAGACUUUUUUGGGGAAUCUUAAGAAUGCUUUGUCUGGUGCAAUCAGAGAACAUGUUGCCCUUUAUGGUAAAGGGGUAAAUUUGGAAACUUUUCCUGAAUUGCUAAAGCCUGUGUGGGACAUAAUAGCUACGCCAGAGAUAGCCUCAAGCAACUUCAGGGCAGCAGGGAUUUACCCAUUGAAUCCAAACAGAAUCCUUAAGUCACACAAAUUAUGCUCCAACAGAGUAUAUAAGUCAUCUGCAGUUGGUGGUGCUACUUUAUCUUCACAUGUUGCACUGUCACCUCAAAUGCCAGCCGAGUGCUCCACUGCGCACCAUGGAAUCGACCCUCGUGAUGCUGCCAGCUCAAAUUCUUCAAAUUCAACAUCUCCAUCCCCAAGUGAAAGAUCUACAUCACCCGAUUCAUCUUGGUCGCCUGCCCCACCUGAGAUAUUCACAUCCCCUGCACCACCUCAGGCAGCUGCAUCCCAUUCAACAUCCCUAAUCCCGCUUCAAGCAAAAAAAUCCUUUCCUGCCACUACAUCCUUGGUCCCUUCAAAGGUUUCAGUGUCCCAAGCCAAAUCAAAGAUUCCUAUUUCUACUUCUUUCAGUUUAAAUGUGGAACAGUUACAAGAGCUUAAAGAACAUGUAUUUUUCCUUCAUGAUGAAAUAACAAGAAGAGAACUUACUAUGUUUUUUUCAAGACUCAUUCAGCCACAAACCCAAAAGUUCCCAGAUCCCCAUGAUGAGGAUAAAUUCCAACAGUUUACAGAUGUGAUUCUCUCUCUUGUGCAAAUGGGCCAUAAAUCGGCACAGGAAGAGACACCACCUCCAGCCACUCCUAACCAAAAAGAUACUCUGAAGAUUUCUUCAUCUAGAGGAAAGGGAAAUUCAAAAGGGAACCUCAGAACUGCGCCAGCGUUACCAAGCAUGUCUAGUGCAGAAGAAUCCAGGCAGGGAUUGAAACGAAAAAUAAAUGAAAAAGAACAAGAUGAAAAGAAGAAAUUGGUGAACACCUUAAAAAAAAAAGAAGAAAAACACAAAAAGUUGAUUAAAGAACCAGAAAAAAUAGAAACACCACAAAAAAAUAUUAGAAAGAAAAUAGAUUCACAACCUAUUGACAACUUGGACAAUUUAACACAAGAACCAGAAAAAAUAGGAAAGCAACAAAAAAAUGUUAGAAAGAAAAUAGAUUCACAACCAAUCGACAAGUUAGCCAGUUUACCACAAGACAUUGAGAUUGAAGUAGACUCCAUAGUUAAGACAGAAAUGGAAGUAGAAAAUGUUCCUGAUAACAACAAGAAACUUGGCGUUGUUAACGUUGAAACAAAAACCGACAAUUGUUUAGGUUGUGGCAAAAGGGAUGGUGAUAACUUCCAGGUGUACUGCAGCAUGUGUGCUAGCUGGUGGCACAGGGGCUGCAUUGAAUCUGUGAAACAUUUAAACGAUGAAGAAAUUCAAAAUUAUGAUUUUAUGUGCAGCUCGUGUUGCCCUGAUGUUUAUUCAGUAGAAGUGAACUUAGAUUUACCAAAUCCUUAGAUCUAAUGCUGGAAAAUUUAUUAUGAUCAUAGUAAUAUUGGAAUUUAUAUUAAAUGUAUUAUGUAAAAAUACAACAGAAAAAAGUAAAUAUAUGUUUAAAAAAAUAUGUCAAUAUCUGCUGUACUAGUAUCUUCUCAACUAGUAUAUGAAUUUGUGAAUAUCUAUUGUAUAUGAUUAUAUAAAUAUUCUAUUAAAAUUGCCAUACAGAGACUAAAGUUGUAAAUAUUGAAAUUAUAUGUGUAUAUAAAUUUGUAUAAAUGUUAAAAAAUAAAAUUUUAGUUGUUUUGUUUUAAUCAUUUAUUUUCAUUUUAAAUAAAUAAAAAUUAAUUAGUUUUAAGAAGAUCAGCAGGCAAUGACUUGUGUUCAGAGAAGGAAAAUUAAGCCUGUCCUUUUCAAUUAGCCAUUUAUUAGGGAUGUGUGGUAUACGUUUAUGCCAACUGUUCACCUAAUUGAGUGUGGUCAGGAAUAAGAAGAAUCUUUCUGAAUCAUUUAAAAUAAAAGCAACAGAGUAAUCAUAGCCCAUAUCAGAUAUCAGCUUAUACAAUUAAUUUUUAAAAGAAAUUGCUAUGGUAAUGAAAAUAAUGGAAAGAAAGCAUUGACCAUGUACAGGUGAAACUGAUAAAUGGUGGCCACAGUCUGACAUAUAUCCCUUACAAGGAGAGAAGGUAGAAGAUACAGGCCUUGGGAAGAGUGACUAAGAAUGAGUGUCUUCAACAUAUAAAGUAAAUACCUUGAGGACAAUUUAUAUUGUUGUAAAACAAAAAAUCUAGAUGUUUAAAACAGCAACAAUUUUUCAAGGAAAUUUUAAGAGAAGUUAUUAUUUAUUAUUAUACAUUAUUAUUAAUGAAAGAAAGGUAAAGAAACAAGUUUUAAAACAUCCACUAUGGAACAUUCCUAUUGGCAAUAGUUUGCUUGAUUUGAAGACAAUAAAAACAACAAACUACUGGUAUCCACAAGCCAAGGAAAUGAAAAGAUUUUUACAUUAAAGAAAUAUACAGUAGACUAAAAACAAACUACUG